UGUAAACAAAAUUCCACCUGCAAGGUUUUGUGAUGCCGCAGUUUAAAUCCUGUUAAAAUGUAGAGUGCUAAAAGUCUUUGGAUUAAUCAAAGCUAUUUAGAAAAGUCUGUGAUAAUCGCUGUGAUAAAAUUCGCAUCCCAUCAUGCCCAAACAAACAACGCACCAGAUUCGAAUCGUCCGGCAAUCGAUCGAUCGAACAUCUCUGUCGCCGGCGUCGUCCAAUGGUCGAGCUCGUCAGAUUGGUGUAAAAUUCGAUCAUCCCAAUCCACUGUUUGAACGAUGGCUACAGGAAAUGCUUUCGAAAGCUGAAGAUAAGAGCUCGAUGAGUCGAAUUCCGCUGCAAAAGGCACUGGCUUCCCUGAGGCGCUAUCCGCUUCCGAUUGGCUCCGGAAGGGAUUGCUGUGUGCUGAUGGAUUUUGGCAACACUAUUUGCGAAGCGUUAGAGAAUAAGCUGCAGAUAUAUCGGAAGAAUGGGGGCAAGUUGGCGGUUGAUUGCGAUGCGGAGAUCGAGAAUGUGUUGAACGAUAGGAAGAGAGAAUACUACGGUCAGUUGGUUCGGGAGGAAUCGGAUAAACCACGAGAAAAUGACGCGCCAGGUAAGGACGACCAAUUCGAAAUACCAGACGAUUCCGUGUUUGAACAUCUGGAAGUCUUGGACAACCAGCAUUUGAGUGUAUCGAAUCCUAAGGCUGUUUUACUGGUUGACACUCAGGAAACGAUAGGCAAGUCCAGGAGCAACCUUGACCGUACGUUAAAAGAAUUGGAACAGCAUAACGUGGAGUUUGAAGUUCGACGGUUGAGCGUUGGUGAUUUCCUGUGGAUUAUACGAGACGACAGUGGAAAGAAUUUCAUUCUUCCUUACAUUGUGGAAAGAAAACGGAUGGACGAUCUUGCCAGUAGUAUCAAGGAUGGUCGCUUCCACGAGCAGAAGUUUCGGCUGAAGCAAUGCGGAUUGGCAAAUGUGAUAUAUCUGAUCGAACACCUGGGCAACAACCGUCAGGUGGGUGUUCCGGCGGGUACACUUUCCCAAGCUGCUCUGAAUACCUACGUGCAAGACUUUACGGUUAAGUACACGGAAAACCAUCAUCACACGGUGCUGUAUUUGUCGGUAAUGACAAAGUUCCUGAAUAAGAACAUUACGGACAAGUCAUUUUGGAACAUCACCAAUCUACCUCAGGAGACAAUUUCCACAACGGGCUCCGAUUUCAAACUCAAACAACGGACAAUACCUUUAAUAUCGUUUGAAUCGUUUAAUAAGCAAUCGUCCAAGACACGUGAUUGCUCGGUAAAGGAAAUCUUUAUAAAACAGCUGCUCCAGAUAAAGCUUCUCACGAUUGAAAAAGUGAAUGUCAUUGUCGAAAAGUAUCCAACACCCAAAAAGCUCUUCAUGGCAUAUGAGCGUUGUACGAGUGAAGAAGAAAAGGAAAAUCUUCUGAAUCUACCUUAUGGACCGAUAAAGAGAACGAUCGGAUUGAAGCAGAGUAAAAUUAUCUACCAUUUGUUCAUGAGCGAUGCCUAUCGGCAUUGAGUAUUUCAGGUACCACCAACCGUUUUGAGCAGGAAUCUCAACUAAACCAAGAGCCCCCACUGAGCAACGAUUGCGUAUCAGCAUAUCUCAUGAACAUCGAUGGGAGAACCUUUUUCGGAUGGAAUGAUGAUGACAGCACCAAAGUUCACUUAUGCCAUUUUCUGUUGCCUAUGGUAAGUCUAUAUUUGAACGCUUAGUUGGAGUGCCAUGCAUCUCACUGGGAACAUAACGGAUGUUAUACAUAUCUACAGAUUUGAAACUUAAUAAAUGAAAUAAAAAUAAAAA